AUGUAGCCAAGUGAGGAAUUUACUGCAUGCUGGAGUGAGAACAGCGGUGUGUAUGGAUUGCCUUUUUCUUCUAUCCUCUGCUGUCUCUGUCCCUUCUCUCACACUUGCUCUCUCUGCAGGACUAGGUGGCUAUGGAGCCUCUGAGCAUCCCUGUGGUGUUGGUUACUCUCAGCAGUUUCCUCAUCUCUCAGUGGAUCUUUCACGUCGCAUGUCCAUGGCUGUCCGAACGCCUCAUUCCGGCUUUCCUCACGCUCACACACAUGCAGAGGACAGAGUGGAGCUCUAGGGCCGUCUCUACAGUCCAUGCUUUGGUGGUGGGACUUUUUUGUCUCUACAUAUUACUUUUUGAUGAUGCUAUCAAGAAAGAUCCAGUUUGGGGAGAUCCUUCACUGGUGAAACUGAAUGUGGGCAUAACCACAGGCUACCUCAUUUCAGAUCUGCUGCUUAUGAUCUACUUCUGGGAUUUCAUAGGAGAGAAGUAUUUUGUCAUACACCACCUUGCUGCUCUUAUUGCCUAUUAUUACGUACUGAGUCAGGGAAUAUUGCCCUAUUUUGCUAAUUUCCGUCUGCUUGCUGAAUUUUCCACCCCCUUCGUGAACCAGAGGUGGUUUCUUCAGGUUCUGGGCUACCACAAGCUUUCCAACCCCAGCCUUGUUAAUGGAGUAGCCAUGGCCUUUUCCUUUUUCCUGGUGAGGAUCGCGGUCAUUCCAGUCUACUACAGCCAAGUGUACAGUGUGUACGGCACUGAGGCCUUCUACAGACUCACUCCGGGGGCUCGCAGCGCCUGGAUCCUCUGCAGCCUCUGCCUCGAUGUCAUGAACUCCAUGUGGAUGCGCAAGAUCCUUCGGGGGUGCCUGAAAGUUCUACGCUCCAGCAGAUCCCAAAAACCAGUGAUAGAGAAGGAGAACCCAAAAAUUGACUGAGACAAUUAGAGUAUUAAACCUAUCAUCUAAAUAGACAAAUACUGUGAUAUUAAACAUUAAGCCUCCAGGACCAUGAGGGCGCAUGCAAGACAAUACAGGGUCUAUACAUGGGGCUACAUUGCUGUAGUUGUACAAUUACUGACCGUAGGUAAUGUGUAGACAUGAAUAAAUGGUCAGUCCUCCUUUCCUCUACCAAUCAAUGGAAAGAAAAGACAAGACCUUACAUAAUCGAAACUGUGAAACGAUUCCACGUGCCCGACAUUUUCACUGCUGUUCAGCUGCUCAAACUAUUUUGAAAGCGACUGCACAGCACUGCAAACAAACAAUGUUUUAAAAUCACGCAUUAACAUAAUUUAUCAAGUAUUAGAAUUUCUAUUGUAGCCCUGUUUCAUUUUUGAUCAAAACUUUCCACUUGUUUUUCUUUUCACCCUAGUAAAUUUAGCUAGCUAAUAGAAAGCGAGGUUGCUGUGUCAGAGUACCUUUCAAUCACUGUUAGUGUUAAUAUAUUGAGAUAGGAGGAAGGGGCAGGGCUUACAGAGAGUGUCUGUUAAUAUACAAUAUAUAGCCAAAAGUUUUGGGACGUCUGCCUUUACAUGCACAUGAAUUUAAUAUGGAGUUGGCCUGUCUUUUGCAGCUAUAACAGCUUCGACUCUUCUGGGAAGGCUUUCCACAAGGAGUGUGUUCAUGGGAAUUUUUGACCAUUUGUGAGGUCAGAUACGAGAAGGUCUGGCUCGCAGUCUCCACUCUAAUUCAUCCCAAAGAUGUUCUAUCGGGUUGAGGUCAGGACUGUGAAGUUCCUCCACACCAAACUCGCUCAUCCAUGUCUUUAUGGACCUUGUUUGUGCACUGGUGUGCAGUCAUGUUGGAACAGGAAGGGGCCAUCCCCAAACUGUUGCAACAAUUGGGAGCACAACCUCUGAAAAACAACAUCUGUAUUCAGUGAUUUGGAGGGGUGUCCUAAAACAUCUGGCAAUGUAGAGGAUGAGACUUCAAAGAAGAAACAAAGAAAACUUCUGGCGUUCUUUUUGAAUGACAUCUCGUCCCAGAGUUCUCUAAAAUGGAAAAGGUGGAACCUCUUUUCAUUGAUUAAUGGAGUAAAGGAAGACUGACAACUUAUCAUAUCAAGAGAGUGUACAGUAAGCUGCAAUCUUACUUAAUAAAUUGUAAUCUUCAAAGUGACCUACACUUUAUAGUAGAUAGAAAUUAUUAUCUAAAAUAUUUCAAUUAGAGUAGGUGCGAGUUCGGUGUACCUGAUGAACUGGAAGUCCUGACAGCGCCUACUCCACCCGCACCUGCGGACAGGUUCGAAACGAACUCUUCACAUAUUAACCGAACGACUGAGGAUAAAAAUCCGGACAAUCAAAGGAUGCUAAGCUGCUAUGAAGCGAAACCAAAUUUGCCUUUAUUUUAUCGGAUGCAAUAAAGUCAGCACAACAUCAGCACAGUUUAAUGUAAAGGAACAAGUCCAUGGCUUAUGACUGGAGCAAAAUGGAUGCCGUGACUUGUUACUAUGUUAUACAUACAAGAAGGGACCAUGCAUGCCUAUAAAAAUGAUUUUAAUUCUGAAUUCUCUGGAUGAAUGUAAGUACUCAAACCCACUUGAAGCAACCUGUAUAAAAACCCUCUGCUCCGGAAUAUCAUGUGAACUGUGAUUUGAAGUAAUAUUAAUGAAUGAGUUGGAACAGAAAGUUGGAGAUUUUUUUUUGUUUUUACCAUGUGCUAUUUCUCACCAGAACUUUGAAUGUGUAACUAUAAAUUAUUGACUUAAGUGACUUUGUGUAUUUGUUGAAUGAAAUCUGUGUGGUGUUAUGAAACGUUAGAAGCGGCAACAGCAACAUGAUCAUUAAUGAGAGGAGGAAAAAAUACAUAAUAAUAUGAGAGUUCCCGAACUUGGCAGGAAAUUUGUAUGCACUUAUUUGAAACCAUAUUUCAUCAUCGGUUAAAAAAUGAUCCCUUAUAACAGUCCAAAGUGAAAGCAUAUCUGUUCGAGUGUUGUUUUUAUCUUGCUAUUGAUGGUCUUUCUUUUGCUGUUUUCCUGUUGUCUUAAUUAUGUUAUUGUUAUU